GUGAAAAUCCUCGACAGUCGACCGGAAGCAGGAAGGCAGACACGGCGGACAUACUCCGGCGGUCACAGUCUCGCGAGAUUAAUCGCCGACUUGGCUUCGCUAACGGUGGGCGGUUGUUUACUUUGUUUUGGACCAGGAAGUCAUGGCAGGGCAAGGAGGGCAUCCUGCGCCCCUGACCGUGGAGGAGGUGGACCCGUACCUGCCGGGGGCGGGGCCCGUGCAGCCAUCCAAGAAUAAGGUCUCCUACAGCCACGUCCUCAGGGAAGUCUUCGGCGAAUUCUUCCAGUCGACGGCCAUCUCGGGCGUGAGCAAUGCCGGCCGCUCUACCUACUCUGUGCUCUGCAUCAUCUGGAUCGCCAUUUCCAUAGCGGCAACCUACAGGACUGUUAUUGAUGUUAUUGCCGUCAUAACCGAUUAUCAGAGUUAUCCUUAUAACACAAAGAUCCAGGUGCAACAUCGCUCCGAAGCUCCAUUCCCAGCUGUUACUUUGUGCAACCAGAACCGCAUCGAUUGCUCCAAACUCAUUGACAAAAUGCUGGCUUACUCUCAAAACGACACUGAAACAUCACAGCAACUUAUCCAACUUUACAAUGUGUCCCAGUGUGGCGUGAGCAUAGGCUGUGGUGACGUAUUCAAGAAAUAUGUUAAGUAUGUUCGGGAUAACAAUUCUACCCUUCCCCCGAUCCUCUUUGACGUGGACAUGUGCCUUCGGUGCAAUAACAUAUUGGUUUUUUAUCAAAACUUAUGCGAGAAUGACGACGACAAUGGUGGAAAAAAAAAGGACUUACCACAAAAGCUUUCAGAACUGGAUUUCCUGUGGCAGAGUAUGGAAAGUGAGCAGAAAAGUAAGUGCAAUGAAGAGGGAAAAAAGUCAGCCCCGACAGACCUUAGCACAUGUCCAAGUAAUCCUAACCAGAUCUUGCAGGCUGGAAUUUCAACUGUCACUAAUUUAUUGACCACAAAUAUUGCAAACCUUCAAAAUAGUUUGACAGGGUCUGUUCCAUCUGUUGGUGAUCUCUCAAGUCCUAGUUUACUUGGUAACAGUACAGUCUCUGGUCUUCUGGCAAAUAACAUAUCCGGACUUGAUUUGACGACUCAGUCUCUAGCAGGUAUAACAGUCCCAACUGUGGGCAUCUUAGCAACAUCUGACUCAUCACUGAGUCUCUUGGGUGACCUAACCACAAAAGCACAAAAUGCAAGUACCCUCUCACCCUUGAAUGUUCUUACAACGGGAGUACAAGCAAGUAACAUCUUGGAUCUGACUUCUAGCAGUCAAGAGACCACUACUUCAACAAGCACUAAGAACGCCAUCUCAGACUUGAAUGUUCUAACAACGGGAGUACAAGCAAGUAACAUCUUGGAUCUGACUUCUAGCAGUCAAGAGACCACUACUCAACAAGCAACUAAGAACGCCAUCUCAGACUUGAAUGUUCUAACAACGGGAGUACAAGCAAGUAACAUCUUGGAUCUGACUUCUAGCAGUCAAGAGACCACUACUUCAACAAGCACUAAGAACGCCAUCUCAGACUUGAAUGUUCUAACAACGGGAGUACAACCAAAUAGCAUCUUGGAUCUGACUUCUAGUAGUCAAGAGACCACUACUUCAACAAGCACUACGACAACGGGACAACAAGUGGACUUGACUACCAGCAGUAAAGAAGCCACAACUUCAUCCAGCACCAGUGCUUUGCCAAAACUCCCGAUCGCUGAUACUGCCCCAAAGCUCAUCAGGAAGAAGAGAGGGCUCCUACCACUCUCCAAGGACUCUCCGCUCGGUUUCGAUGGACCCCCAGAUUUGGACGGUCCUCGAGGGCAGCAGCCUCAAAUGGAGGUCUCCGAAGAGCACGACACGAAGAUGAGAUUCCUCGCCCUCUACAUGAAUCUCUCGGACGCCACGAGGGAGGAUCUCAGCUACGACUUCGGGGAAUUGAUCAAGGACUGCGUGUUCCUUGGAGAUAACUGUCUCAAGGAAACACUCUUCACCAAGAGAUUCUUCAACACUUACGGCAACUGUUACACUUUCAACGGCGAAGGAACGUUUAACACCAGCUACACCGGAAGCACUUACAGCCUGUCUUUGGUACUAGACGUCAUUGAAUCUUCGUACUUGCCGAUGCUCCUGACGGAGAAGGCCGGGGCACGCAUCGCCAUCCACCAGACGUUCACCUACCCCCUUCUGGAUGACGACGGCCUGGAUGCCCCCCCUGGAAUGGCUUCCAGUUUCGCCAUGAGGGAGAGAGAACUCUCCAUGCUAGCUGAUCCUUACGAGGCCAACUGCACCAAAUCUUGGGCUAACACGUCCUACGCCCUACGAGGCAACGGGUCCAGCUACAUUUUGUAUACGACCUCGGAAUGCCUUCGAAUGUGCAUGCAGAGGAUCCUGGUGACCAAUUGUAGCUGCGUUCACCCGUUGUAUCCCCAGAACUUCACCUUCAACGGGACUUUGUAUGGGGACCAUACAAUGAAGUACUGUAACCUAACUUCUGGGAACGAAAGCGACAUCAACUGCGUCACCAACAAAUUCAAAGAGUAUUCAAAUAACCCGAAGAAAGCCAAUUGUGGCUGCGAGGUCGCCUGUAGCAACUUCGAGUAUCCUAGAGUACUCUCCAUGACUCUCUGGCCGCCGCUUCCUUCCAAGGACUACGCUUCUAAGAAGUAUGACACUGGCCCCAGGGAAUCGAGCUUGAUGAAGAUUGAGGUCUUCUACAACUCCCUCAGCCGAGAGGUCAUCUACCAGUCGGAAGUCUACUCGUCUCCUUGGGAUUUGGUCUCCAGCUUGGGAGGCGCCUUGUCCCUCUACAUGGGGAUCUCUGUAUUCUUGAUGAUGGAGGUCUUGGAGCUCAUAGUGAUUCUGGUCUACAAAACUGUCCUCUACACCACCGGUCGAUACCGCCCAAUGGUCGAGCAUACUGCAGCCCUUGAGAAUCACAAUCGACCAACGACUGGACUCGUGUACCCAAUCGUGACUCCUGAAACUCUUGGUUUUCUGCAGAAGGCAGGGCACGUCGUAAAAGUGUCCCACGGGGACCCGUACGCCAACCCUUGCAUCAGCACCCGGAAACAACAUGCCAUGGCCACCCAAGACCAUCUGAAUUCGGCUUUCGACAAGGCUUUCUCUCAUUAGAGUUGGAAAACAAAUGACAAACAAAAACGAACCAAAUCAACUUUGUGUUCUGGCAGCAAAACAAAAAGACAACUUUGGAACUCUAAGGGAAUAUAAUUGAUAAAAUGUUGAUUAUUAUUAUUAUUAUUAUUAUUAUUAUUAUUAUUAUUAUUAUUAUUAUUAUUAUUAUUAUUAUUAUUAUCAUUAUUAUUAUAUUAUUAUCAGAGUCAACUGAAGAUUACAAAAAACAGGUAAAGAAUAAAUAAGAAUGUAAUAUACGAACGGUAAUAAUGAUUGUUAGCUGAAUGCAUUCUUGUAUUGUGUAGUAUUAAACAAAUGGAAGUGACGAUAUGAACAUUGCUUAUUGUGUCAUUGGCGAUGUUUCUCUCUCUCUCUCUCUCUCUCUCAACAAAUGUUUAUACAAGUAGUACAAAAAGCAUCACACAGCGUGCCUUAACUUUCUUACACAAGCCUCCGGACCAAAAUAUUUAAUGACCAUUCUCAAUUUUUCUAAUAUAGUAAGUGGAAUGUAUCUGUCUCCCAUACACACA